AUGAAAUAUUUCCUUAACUCAGGUGAAUACCCGUGGCAAGUUGCCAUCCUGAAAAAGGAUCCUACCGAAAGUGUCUAUGUCUGCGGUGGCACAUUGAUCUCGUCGCGUCACAUUAUCACCGCUGCUCAUUGCGUGAAGACUCACGCCGGUCGUGAUCUUCGUGCGCGAUUGGGCGAAUGGGAUGUGAAUCACGACGUCGAAUUCUAUCCCUACAUCGAACGCGACAUCGUCAGCGUAUUCGUGCAUCCUGAAUUUUAUGCCGCUACUCUCGCAAACGACAUCGCCAUUCUUAAAUUAGACCACGACGUCGAUUUCGGAAAGAAUCCUCACAUUAGUGCCGCCUGCCUACCGGACAAACUUGACGAUUUUACAGGAACAAGAUGCUGGACCACCGGAUGGGGCAAGGACGCCUUCGGCGACUACGGCAAGUAUCAAAACAUACUGAAGGAGGUUGACGUACCUGUUGUCAGCAAUCACGUCUGCCAGCAGCAGAUGAGACGAACGCGGCUCGGACCCAGCUUCAAUCUGCAUCCGGGCUUCAUCUGCGCCGGCGGCGAAGAGGGCAAAGACGCCUGCAAAGGUGACGGAGGCGGUCCGAUGGUCUGCGAGCGUCACGGCCGCUGGCAAUUAGCCGGAGUCGUUUCCUGGGGCAUUGGCUGCGGUCAGGCCGGCGUACCCGGCGUUUACACGCGCGUUUCCCAUUAUCUCGACUAUAUCCAUUAA